AUGCAGGAAGAUACCACACCGGACAAAGACGCGAUCAAGGAAGCGAUCGAUAAGCUAGGUCCACGGGAAAAAUGGCGCAUUCUGAAAAACAUCGCCGUGUUGGGGAUCGCCUUCAUGAUUCAUUUUACGGCAUUUCACGGCACGUCGAACCUGCAAAGCUCGCUGCAUAACGAUGGAUCGUUGGGGGCCUAUACUCUGGCCAGCAUCUACGGAUCGCUGAUCCUCUCUAACCUCUUCCUCCCGGUGCUAGUGAUCAGCCUGCUUGGAUGCAAGUGGACGAUCGUGGUGUCGUUCGUGGCAUAUAUGCCGUACAUUGCGGCCCAGUUCUAUCCGAGUUUCGCGACGCUCAUCCCCAGUGGGUUGGCCGUCGGUUUCGGAGGUGGACCGCUCUGGUGCGCCAAGUGUACGUACCUUUCGAUCAUCGCAGAGGCGUUCAGCAUCUCCACCGGACGCAAGGUCAAGACGGACUACCUGAUCGUCAAGUUCUUCAGCCUGUUUUUCGUGUUCUACCAGCUAGCGCAGGUGCUCGGAAAUCUGAUCUCCUUCAAAGUGCUCUCGUACGGAGAGUCGGAUCCGGUGAAUGGUACGGUUGAACUGACCAACGUUAGCAUUGCGAGUACCUGCGGUGCCAACUACGCGGCUCCAAUCCACCAAGAGGCUCAAGCGACCGUCGAUCUGAAGCGACCCGAUCAGCAACAGCUAAACCUGCUCACCGGCAUCUUUUUGGGUUGCAUGGUAGCGGCCAGUGUGUCUGUGGCGCUCUUCGUCGAUCCUUUGAAACGAUACAACCUAGUGCGAAAUGGACCCGCUAGCAAGGCUUCAGGAAAGAGCACGCUCGUCAUAACGUUGCGUCAGCUCAGGAAGAAGUAUCAACUGCUGUUGUUACCCAUAGCGGCCUUUAUCGGUGUUGAGCAGGCGUUCAUUACCGCCGAUUUUACGAAGUCAUUCGUCGCUUGCGGACUUGGCAUCAGCUACAUUGGGUAUGCGAUGAUCAGCUUCGGACUGGCUAAUGCUGUUGCGGCUGCCUUCACGCCAUACAUCACGAAACACCUGGGGCGUAGACUGAUCAUCCCACUGACGGCGCUGUUCCACACCGCGUUGAUAGUGUUCAUGUUGCUGUGGGAACCAACUGACGAAUACUACAAGUACUCUAUCAUCGUCGCCUGUUGGGGCCUCGCGGAUGGCGUGUGGCUCAUUCAGAUUAACUCGCUUAGUGGUAUCCUAUUUCCUGGCAAUGAAGAGGCAGCAUUCAGCAACUUUCGGUUGUGGGAAGCCACCGGAUCGGUGGUGAUGUACGCGAUCAGCUCGUUCCUGCCCACCUUCAUCAAGCUGCUAUUCGUACUAGUCGUCAUGCUUAUCGGAACGACUGGGUACUGCAUCAUAGAACUGAUGGAGCAUCGUGUGAAACGCGUCGACGCGGGAAAACGCUUUGAGGUGGUUAGCCAAGACCCGAAUGAAAGCUAACUGCCAGCUGCUAUAAAGCGGCACACGGAAAUUGUGCAGUUUGCCAUAAAAUUAUGUUGCGGCCGCCAUUUUUACUGCAGUUUCAGAAGCAUAGCCGAGCAUAACUUUUCUUAUCGUUGCUUCUGGGAAGCUUUG